AUGUCCGCACAGCCCGUCAACGACGUCUCUAGCUUCUCGGGGAUCCUGAUGGCAAUCGAGUCGCAAUGCAAAGAGCGCGGUGACGACAUUGCCUCGCCUAUGAGUCACCUCAUCAUCAAGAAUCAACCAUUAUGGAAGAAGAAGGUCGAUGAGUGCGAAGCGGUGCUGGUGGAGAUGCUUGAAAUCCUGGGCACACUCACCAAGGCGAACAAGGCACAAUUGCUUGUCAAGGGCAACAGCCUUUGGGAGAAGCUUCAGAAAUCUACCACUCAGAUCGAGACGUCAAAGAGCUUCUUUAUAUUAUGUUUGCAACUACAGAAUAAUGAGGAUAUCAGGUCCUCUCAGAAGAUAAGCGGGAAGAUCAUGUCGUCACUAGAUCGUCUACGGGAUGAGCAAGAUCGCGCAAGGCAGGAGGCCCAAUUGAAGGAACGAAAGGAACAACAGCAUGGGAUGAUGGAAUGGCUUGGCUUCCCUGGCGAAGCGAUGCAAGAUGACCUAAUCAACACAGGACACCCAGACUCCUCUCAAUGGCUUUUUGAGCGCAAGGAGUUCAUCGACUGGCUCACAGCUGAUGGGCAGUCAAGUUUAUGGCUUCGAGGUCCACAGGGCUCUGGCAAAACCAUCAUUGUGUAA